CACCAACAAGCUUCCCUGGUGGAAGGAGGGGGCGAUUGCUUGGUCAGGACGUCGUCCAUGGCCUUCUCCGACUUCGCCACCGCCGGCCUGGAAUUGAGAUCUCUCGCUCGCAGGGGGCUCGUCCCGAUCGUUGUCUUCGUCACCGCCGCCGUCUCCUGCGCUCUCCUCUACGACACUCUCAUGACGUCCUCCCUCCGUUGGCCUCUCAGCUCUCCCAUGGGCGUGGCCGUCGAUGCCGCCGAACCCGCAGACCAAUUGGAGAUGAUUCUGAGGGCAGCAGACAUGGGGAACAAGACGGUGAUACUGACCACCUUGAAUGAUGCAUGGGCCGAACCUGGAUCGAUUUUGGAUCUGUUCCUCGAGAGCUUCCGCAUCGGCAACGGGACAAGCCAGCUUCUGAACCACAUGGUGUUCAUCACCAUGGACCAGAAGGCGCACGAGCGUUGCCUGUCGAUGCGUGGCCAUUGCUUCGAUCUCAACACCAAGGGCGCCAACUUGUCCGAGCAGAAGGACUAUAAUACUCCCGACUAUUUGAAUAUGAUGUGGCAAAGGUUGGAUUUGCAACGCCAAGUUCUCGAGAAAGGAUACAACUUCGUAUCCACGGUAUGUUCUCGAACUCUUGACACAGACAUAUUGUGGUUUCGGAAUCCUUUACCACACUUCUACGCGGAGGGGGACUUCCAGGUAUCCUGUGACAGGUUCUUCGGCAACGCCACUGAUCUGGAGAACUGGCCUAGCAAUGGAUUUAACUACGUGAAGUCCAACAAUAGAACCAUACCAUUCUUCAAGUACUGGUACUCAGCAAGGACAAAACAUCCUAACGAUCAUGAUCAGACUGUGUUCAACUACAUCAAGCACGACGCGUUCCUCAGGGAAUUAGGGUUGACGAUUAGGUUCUUGGACACCAAGUACAUUAAUGGGCUCUGUGAGAUACGAAGCAGAGAUUGGAAUGCCAUUUGUACGAUGCAUGCAAACUGUCGUGUUGGUUUAAGCAGUAAGCUAAGUGAAAUGAGAGGUAUGCUUGAUCAGUGGAGGAAAUAUAUGUCCACCAAACACUGAAGGAGGACAAAUUUGCGUGUUGUCUCACAUAUUAUUGGGAAGUGAGGAUAAGGCAGCACAAUAAAUGCAAGAUUGUCUUGUAAGAUGCAUCAUGCAUGAAACAAUCCCGGUGGUGGUGGUGGUCGUCGUCGUCGUACUGUUUGUUUGUGUCAGAAAUGGUCAGGUGGCAAAGUUGACAUGACUCGACCCAAUAACGCCUACAAACUAGAUGCCCCCUCCUGAAUGGUCAAGCCAAUAGUUCCUUCCUAUCUGCGGACUCAUCUUCAGCAUAGGAUCUUAAACUGUUGUGACGUGCCCAACAAUACUACUUCCUGUUCAUAGAUGAAUGUAUGUAUGGAGAAGUCCUUCUUUUAUAAAUUUCGAAUUAAGACAUCGAUAGAGAAUUUUUUUUUUAA